GCGUGCUCGCCACCGAGGGUUCCGCUCGUGCACGCGCAGGGCCGCGAGAUUGUUGUCCUGUCACGCGCUUCACCUCACGGUCGGAGAUUAAACGACGCGAAGCCGCUUAUGUGCAUGAACGGGACGCGGACGACGCAGGAUGGUUCGGGAAACCAGACACCUCUGGGUGGGAAAUUUACCCGAACAUGUUCGCGAGGAGAAGAUUGUGGAGCAUUUUAAACGGUAUGGCCGGGUGGAGAGCGUCAAGGUCCUGCGCAAGCGCGGCUCCGAGGGCGGCGUGGCGGCCUUCGUAGAUUUCGUAGACCUCAAAAGCGCCCAGAAGGCGCACAAUGCCGUCAACAAAAUGGGGGACAGGGACCUUCGCACAGAUUACAAUGAGCCGGGUUCAGUUCCCAGUGCCGUACGCGGUCUGGAGGACCCCACCCCCUCUAGCAGUCACGGAAGGGAGGUUGCAGGGUUCUCGAGGAGCGCCGUGGGGCCGGUGUACGGGCCCCCGGUGUCUCUCCACACCAGAGAGGGGCGCUAUGAACGCAGACUAGACGGGUAAGUGGACACAGGCUCCCUCUGCACUACAGGGGGACUGUGGUGUCAGAUACAGGGGUUCAGGUUGGGUUAAACACAAUAGACCAGAUUCUAGGGAUCCCUCUCCGUUCUGAGGCCUGACUUCCUGCACACGGAAUUAUUAAUCCUU